AUGUCCAUAUUCAAACUGAAAAAUGUUCCAUAUUCUAACGAAAGGAGGGUAAACGUGUUUUGGGACAUAGAGGAUUGCAAGAUUCCUGAUGGGUCAAGUCUUGAAGAGGUUGCGAGUAACAUUAAAAGUGCCCUGAAAAACGCUGGUUGUGUUGGUCCGGUUUCAUUGUUUGCUUAUGGUAACACGAAGGGGAAGGAGAUGGAGUUUUUUCCGCUGGAAUCCAGCCAAAUAACGUACCCGAAGCAGGAGGAUCAAAGGAUAAGAGAGUUAGGACAGCCUGACGGCGUAGGUGGACGUGGACCGAUAGUUCAUGUUGGACCUUUACAUUGGUAUUGGGGAAACCUAGCAGCUGGAAAAGAUCCUAUCCCUUACGAUGAAAAAUGUAGGCUGCUGAAGGAGUUUGAUUGGGUGAUGGAGGGUUACCCAUAG